AUGUGGAGCCUCUCCAAGGGUGGGCCUGAGAGACCCAUGGCUUCAAGCACCUGGACCUUGCUCUUGCUAGCCACCGAUCAUCGCAGCUGCCCUGGUGGCCGAAGGCAAAGUGCCUUCACAGUCCUCACCUUUUUCCUCUUCUUGCCAUGCUUUCCUGCUUCUGGCUGUCCAGAUGUUUGCAGCUGCUCCUUGGGGAAAGUAAACUGUGUGGACCGUAGGCUGCGUUUUGUACCUUUCCAGUUGCCCACAAACGCCACCGCUCUCCUACUGGACUACAACCGCAUUGCCAUUCUCAGGAACGGCACCUUUGCAGCCCAGAAAAUCUUGCGCCGCUUGACCCUUGGCAACAACGUCCUGGCCAGCAUUCACCGCCUGGCCCUGGUGGGCCUCCAUGAGCUGCAGGACCUGGACCUGAGCGACAACUCCCUCAGCCUCCUGCACCCAGAGAUUUUCCUCCCUGUGCCAACCCUGAGGACGCUAAAGCUGGGGAACAACAGGCUCCUGAGGCUGGAACCAGAACUCCCCCGGGCCCUCCCCCAUCUCAGGGCUCUCUUUGUCCACAGCAAUGCAUUGACCUCCCUCCCGGCUGGCUUCUUUGAAAGUCUGCCUUCCUUGUCUUACCUGACCCUUGAAGACAACCCCUGGACCUGCUCCUGUGGCAUCCGGCCCCUCUUCCUGUGGCUGGUGAAGAACAGGGACAAAGUUCCAGAGGCGAAUUCAGUGACUUGCAAACGCCGAGCGUCCCUCACCCAGUAUCCCAUCUCAGCUCUUGGAAAUGAAUCCUUUGCACGUUGUCAGGCGCCCCGGAUGCAUCUCCCCGACUAUGCCUUCUUCCUUCUGAUCGGGCCAUUGACUUUCCUGGCCUGCAUUUGUGUCGGCAUCCUACUGGGCUCGCUGGCAGUGGCCCACCUGAAACGGAGGAGGACGGGCUCAUGCAUUUGGCCACGGGCUCCGGUGAGGCACGCAGGGACCCCCCUGCGGUGCGAAGAAUUAUUGGAGGCCUCCUUCCUGUUUUCUUUCUUUUUUCCUUCCUUCCUUCCUUCCUUCCCAAGCAACCCUUCUGCUUCUGCUGGGCCUUCAGUGAGGUAUCUUCUCCAGCCUCUGCAGGUGACUUCCAGCUCCACCUCAGAUGGCAUCUUAUGCUUCCAGCUACUGCAGCUUGUCAGAGGCAUUGGCUGCAGUUCCAGAGUUAAAGGUAAAAUCCAGCUGUGCAAAGAGCAUCGACCCUCACCACGGUGCCCCACAGAAUGCCACCUUGCCCGCCCAACAAACCUGCAGCGUUUGCCCUUCGAGAAGCCGAGAGCAACCCAUCAAGAAUGUCCCUUCCCCUCACCACAUGUAACCCUGUCUGUCUGGAGUAUAAGAGGAAGGGUUUUUCACCUGCCUGGCCUUCCAUGGUCCCCAAAAGCAGCCACGUAUUUGCCCACAGAGGCUGCUUCCUGCUUGAUGCUGAUUUUUUCCCUAACAAAAGCUCAAUGAAUUAAAUCCUGCCCGGCCUCCAGUUCCUAUCAUGGCUGGACAGAAACUUUGGGGGAUUCCAAUCCAAUCACUGGAUUCCAUCGCAGAAAUCCUGGUGGAGGCGAUGGCCUCAGCAUAAUUGCUGCUGGGAGGGCUCUGCUUUGUGGCCUCCCUGGGCCUUUGGGCUGGAAGCAGUCAGAACUAGAGGUGGCCACAGGACGUCAUGUCUGGGAAAGCUACAAGCUAAUUUUGUGGCGUUUUUUCCCCCCCGGCCCAGAACUGCCUCCUGGAUCGGUGUGAUCUGCUGAUCCUGCACUCGAGUAGGAUGGAAAAGGGAAUCCUAUUUAUAAAGGUUUUACAGGCAUAACCAACAGCUGUCAGCUCUUCCGUCUCCUUUGAGAUGGAAAUGGAAAUGCCCUCUGAGCCCAUGGGACAAAAUCCGGGUCUCCAAAGGUGGAUCCUCGGAUGGCAGAGUUGCCGUCACUGGGACUCCAGAAGGGAGGAACUGUUUCUUCCACAGAAGCUUCCUGAUUCCGACCAAGGCAUUGCUGGUGGCAGCCUCACCCGGAGGCUAGCACUGGAGGAAAACUCGGCCUACCUCAAAAAGACGAGGCUGGGCUCCAUUUUAAACUGGGAAGGCCUGGAUAGACCGGAAUGGAACAGAAGGCUUGGCCGCAAAGGGUAAGAUUUCCCCCUGCUUUUAUUUCUUUGCUAUGAGCAGAAUAGGCAUGGCCAGAUUUGGCAAGGCAAGGCAAGGCCCAGAUAGGCGGUGCCCUGCAGAUGCCAGGCUCCCUUGCUGGAAAAGCCCUUAGCCAACAAGGCUACCCCCAGGGGCCUGCCAGCAUGGCAUAGUCCUGAGCUUCAGGGAGUGGAGUUGGGGCCCCUGGACACCCUCCCCGGAGGCCUAUUUGCAAGAGGCCAGUGGAGGGUCUGCAAGGAAGCCCAGCUGGAGAAUGCAAGGGCCAGAGAGCACCUACUGCCAGCCAAGUACCCUUCAAAAAAGGCCAGGAGUGGCUUCCCUUGCCCCUCAGAGACACCCUGGGGGCCGCUGAGCUCCUCCCCAUUUUACUUGGGUGCUAUCCGCUGCGGGCCAGAUGCCCUUCCCUGCAGGGCUCCUCGUAUACAGUUGUGAGGGCCCCAAGGGCUGCUUGGGGGCAGGGCUUCCCCUCGGCCCAGACCGCUGCUGCUGCACCUUCCACAUUGCCAGCCUUGGGGACAGUGAGGGAAGGAAACGGCUGCCUGACAACUCCACUCCCUGCCCCACAGUGGCAGAGUCAAGUGGGGCACCCUUCCCUCAGAGAGAAGGGUGCUGGGCCUUCCCCCAGAGAUGCCUGGGUGGAGAAAGGGCUCCCCUGAGCCACGUAAGGUUCUCCCCAAGAGUGGGUCAUGGGGAGGAAGGGGGGGUCCCUGCCUUCGGCCCCCUUGUGGGGGGGCUUUUAAUGAACGUCGUUCAGGCAGACCCACCACCUUAAAGAUGGAGGGGCCCCUUUUAUAGAUGGCACUUAGAUCCCAAAAAAUUAUCAUGUAUGUAUCCUAAUAUCCAAGCGAAAUGUUGGAGGUGUGAUUGUGAUGACGCUACAGAUUUUCAUAUUUGGUGGACUUGCAAGAAAAUUAAGGCCUUUUGGAUAAGAAUUUGGUGGAUUAUUCAAAAUGUACUGAAGAAGAAGAUAAAGUUCCUGCCACAAUUUUUCCUUUUGGGAAUUAUAACGGAUUGUACAGGGAUUGAGACUAAACUGAUUCUGAAUUUAAUAACAGCAGCAAGACUGUUGAUUGGACAAUACUGGAAGAAAGAAGAGGUACCUACAAUAGAAGAAUGGAUACUG